GCGCACAGCCUGCAGGCGGCGAGUACGAGCGCACGGGGCCGCGGGCCGCGGCGGGUGGUGGCCUCGCCCACUGAGGUGGCUUGGCGCGGCUGGCGUCCUCUUUCCGGCGCCUUAGCCUCCUCUUUUCCAGGUUCGGUGGGCGGUGCGGGGCCUCAGCUGGGCGGGGCUCCCGCGUUUCUGGACGCUGGGCCCUCACCCUUCGUCCUCAAGCCUGCGAGGCCCAGUUGAGCUUCGCCUCAGGGCCGCUGAAGGGGUCCGGCUACGCUCAGGCAGAGUGUGACUUGGGUGACCUGCAUCUCUCCCAGGUGGUGAAAGCAUGAAAAACACCCACCCCCCAGGUUCUGCACAGGCCCUUGCAGGAAAAUCACUGAAUGGCUGACUUUUGACAACAUGCACCACCAGUGGCUUCUGUUGGCCGCAUGCUUUUGGGUGAUUUUCAUGUUCAUGGUGGCCAGUAAAUUCAUCACCUUGACCUUUAAAGACCCGGAUGCCUACAGCGUCAAGCAGGAGUUCCUGUUGCUGACAGCCAUGCCGGAUACAGGGAAGCUACAGGGAGAGAAGCAGUUUCCCGAGGAACUGAAGCCUUCCCGGCUUCAUGUCAUCUCAACUUCAUGUCAUUCUGGAUCCAUGGUUGAAGGUCAGCAAAUCUCCCGGAGCUGGGAUGCAUGAAGCCUACUGGGAAAAUGCUUUCAGACAGGCAGCUUGUUCAGCCCCUGGUCUAUAUGGAGCGCCUGGAGCUCAUCCGAAAUGUCUGCAGGGAUGAGGCCCUGAAGAACCUCUCACACACUGCAGUGUCCAAGUUCGUCCUGGACCGAAUAUUUGUCUGUGACAAGCACAAGAUCCUUUUCUGCCAGACUCCCAAAGUAGGCAACACCCAGUGGAAGAAAGUGCUGAUCGUGUUAAAUGGAGCCUUUCCUUCCAUUGAAGAGAUCCCUGAAAACGUGGUUCACGACCAUGAAAAGAACGGCCUCCCUCGUCUUUCCUCCUUCAGCAACGCAGAAAUUCAGAAGCGCUUGAAAACCUACUUCAAGUUUUUUAUUGUAAGAGAUCCCUUCGAAAGACUGAUUUCUGCUUUUAAGGAUAAAUUUGUUCACAAUCCCCGCUUUGAGCCUUGGUACAGGCAUGAGAUUGCCCCUGGCAUCAUCAGGAAAUACAGGAGGAACCGGACAGAGACCCGGGGCAUCCAGUUUGAAGAUUUUGUGCGCUACCUGGGCGAUCCAAACCACAGAUGGCUGGACCUUCAGUUUGGGGACCACAUUAUUCACUGGGUGACGUAUGUAGAACUGUGUGCGCCCUGCGAGAUAACAUACAGUGUGAUUGGCCACCAUGAGACCCUGGAGGACGACGCCCCUUACAUCUUAAGGGAGGCCGGCAUAGACCACCUGGUGUCAUACCCCACCAUCCCUCCGGGCAUCACCGUGUAUAAUAGAACCAAGGUGGAGCGCUAUUUUCUGGGCAUCAGCAAACGGGACAUCCGCCGCCUGUAUGCCCGUUUCCAAGGGGACUUUAAGCUCUUUGGGUAUCAAAAGCCAGAUUUUUUGCUAAACUAAUGGGUAGGACUGUGAAUUCAGAUACCCUUGUUAGACCAGAGGCUCAGCAGAUGGAGACCUACGCACAGGAAUGAUGCUUCCUCCAUCGCCCUCCUGAAGACGCCCGAGUCGGCAAUGGGCCACGGGUGCCUCGGCUGAUAAAGCUGCACCCUGACCGUGACGGCGCAGUUUGAACAUCAGGUGCCCUGAGCGCCUUCGUCCCCCACCCCCUACCAAUGCCAGUAGGUCUUUGCUGUCCUUAGGGAAAAGAACUAAACACUUAACAGUCUAAAGACCAGGAGGAAAAAUUAUAUGACACUAGGAGUCAUUUCCCUCAGCUGUCAAGGAGGCGGGUACACUGCAGCUCCCCUGGAUGGUGGAGAUCCCCUAGACGGGGAUCGCAGGAGUAGCACACAGCACUUCCAGGGGACCUGAAAAGACUGUGGCGUGCAGAAAUUGCAGGGGCUAAUACAGGCCCAAAUCUGCAUAAUAAAAUUAUACCCCUGGCCUUCAUCUUGGCGCUGCUAUAAUCAUAGAGGUAAACCAUUCUUUCCAUGACUGUCCUGUUCCUGUGACAUUCAGGGGUGACCCAAGAGCACUUUUUGGCAGCCUGUCUUUUCAGAAUCCAUGCCUGUGUGCUACCAGUCCAUAUUUCUGAGCCUCUGCCAGCCAAGUGAUUAUCUCAUUCAGCCCAAGAGAUAUAAUUUUGGAAAGUGAUGGGACUGGAGUGUAUAUUCUUUCCACCUGAGAAAGCGAACAUCUUUAGGGGCCUUAAAGUGGCGCGGGCAAAGGAAGAGCUGGCUGGGUUCUGGAGCUCAGGCCGCUGUGGACUGGGGCGUGCCCAUCCUGACUGUUGUCCCUCUUUGUCUUUGUCCCGUCUGGAUGGGCAAUGGGGACUUCUCUUCCUUUCUCCUCCAGGGCCCUCCCCUGGGGCUGAAGGCCCCAGGGCAGCAUUGCAGUCAGUGCAAUUGACUCAUUUGGUUCUCGUCUCACCCAUCUGCUCACCACCGGACCUGUUUUUGAUGGUGCCAUCACCCUGGACUCUGAGUUGGAUAGUGAGGUUCACCAGCAAUAAAAUCCUGGGCUGAGGCAGCCUCCAAUAAUACAUCUUCCCGGCACUGAGGAGCGAGCCACGGCCACUCUGUCAGGUGCCUUCUGACCCUGAGCGCCCUUGAGAUACGGGAUUGUUUCCUUGUGAAAAGUCCCAAGUGCCCAUGAGCCGAGCUAUUCUUCUAGGCAACCUCAACCUUCCUUUUCUCAGAAGGGCUGCCUGAGUCUGUAAAUGUGAAAGUAAAUUAAAAUAAAAAAAUAUGUCCAAACCUGA